UACCUCAUGCACUUCUCAGAGGACUCAGACCUGCAGCCCAUUCUUUUUGGACUUUCUAUGUACCUGGUCACAGUGCUCGGGAACCUGCUCAUCAUCCUGGCUGUUACAUCUGAUGUCCACCUCCACACCCUUAUGUACUUCUUCCUCUCCAACCUGUCCUUGGCUGACAUCUGUUUCACCUCCACUACAGUUCCAAAGUUGAUUGUGGACAUCUCAACUAACAGCAGGGUCAUCUCCUAUGAGGGCUGUCUUUCACAGGUUUCUCUUUUUAUCUUUUUUGCAUGUGUAGAUGACAUGCUUCUUACCGUGAUGGCCUAUGAUCGUUUUGUGGCCAUUUGCCAACCCCUGCAUUAUGCAGUCAUUAUGAACCCUCACCGCUGUGUCUUAUUAGUUUUGCUGUCAGUCUUAGUUAGCCUUUUGGAUUCUCAGAUUCACUAUUUAGUUGCCUUACGAAUUUCCUGUUUCAAAGAUGUGGAAAUUGCUAGUUUCUUUUGUAACCCUCCUCAACUCUAUGACCUUUCAUGUUCUGAUAUAUUAAUGAAAAACAUAGUCACAUAUAUGAUUGGUAUCCUAUUUGGUUGUUUUCCUAUGUCAGGGAUAAUUUUCUCCUAUUGUAAAAUUGUUUCUGCAAUCCUGAAAUCCCCAUCAUCUGAGGGGAGGUACAAAGCCUUUUCUACCUGUGGUUCUCACCUGUCAGUUGUUUGCUUAUUUUAUGGAACAAGCCUGGGAACGUAUCUUGGUUCAAGUGCAUUACAUACUUCCAAAGAAGCCAUGGUGGCCUCACUGAUGUACACUCUGGUCACCCCUAUGCUGAAUCCCUUCAUCUACAGCCUGAGGAACAGGGACAUCAGCAGCACCCUGAAGAGGCUCUACCUUUGGAAAAUCUAA